AUAAAUUACGUUUAUUUAUAAUGUUUUCACUUUUAUCAAAAUUCUGAUAUUGAGAAAUGUAAAAUUUGUAAUGUUCCAAUGAAAAAGUGUGAAAAAUUUAAUGUCCCAAUGAAUUUAAUUGGUUAAAGUAAUAAUUGGACAUAAAUUUUGAUAGAAUAAUAAGUCAUGUGAUAAUAUAAAAGAAAAUGUAAAGAAUAUUUUGAAAUACACAAAAAAAAGAAACUUAAAAAACAAAAAGAGACGGAGGGAGUACUAGCAAAACUAGCGGGAGUGUCUCGUCUUCCACCCUAAGCGUAGAAGAAGCUAAUAUGGGAGACGAGAAGCCGCAGACGGUGUUGUGCAGCAUCAUAGCCGUGGAAACCACCAAUGACUUCUCAUACUUAGUUUGUUCAUUGUGUGAGAAGCCCCUUCCUAACCCCCUUUCUCUCUGCAAAUUCUGCAAUCGCAACUCCUUCAACUCUUCUUCUGCCUCCAAACGCCUCUUUCGUCUUCUCGUACAAUUUUCUCCUGCUUUCUUUGAUUGGCAAUGCUAUGGUGUAAUUGUGAAUCUUUUGAGAUAUUUUAGUAGCUCUCAGUCAUGCCCUUCUUCAUAUACUACAAAUGCUGGAAAAAUUCUGGAAGGAGAAAUGUGUCGGAUGACAUUGGCGAAACCAAAGAAUGGUAAUGCUGAACAUCUGCGUGUUACGUCUGUUGUUCCUUUGAGCUCUGGCUUUCAGCCAGUAAUUCAGUCACUGAAAGAACUCUAUGGAGUGCACUAGUUCAUAAUGUGAUCUACUUGUAAAUUGGGGCUCACCAGCAGUUGAUGUUGAGGUGAUCAAGGAACUUACUGAGUAUCCAUGAUCUUGUUGAAGAUGUUGGUGCAAGCAAAGUACGCACUCAAGCACGCAUCUUUACCAUCAGUACCUGGUUCCCCAAUGAUGAGAAAACAAUUCAUAUGAGACCCAGAAAAUCUCAAUAACUGCGUUCAGAAGGAAGCAAUUAAUUUGACAACAACAGUUACGUUACCAC